AUGUCAAAUCUUCCCGCAGCUGAACGAGCUGACUGCCUGCAUAGCGCGUUAAACAGCGUCCGCUCAGUCGUACAAGCUGCUGUCGUGAGGCCAGCUGAACUGAUUCCCCCUUCAGUGGCCAGGGUUCAAAUGACUGAUCUCGCCAUUCCUCCGUUUUUCGCUGAGAAUCCCGUCGACGAGAGCACAUUGCAGCAGGAGGAUAGCCAGAUCGUGGAUGAGCGUAAGUCUUUCUUUUUCAAGGGAACUCGAGCAAUAUACAACCCACGAAUAGAAUAA